GGUGAUGUAACUCCUUGGGAUACCACGAAGGUUCAUCAAAUGGGCAUCACCGAGUUUCCCCGUGGAAGAUUAAUCCUAGAGGCUCAGUCGAUUAUUCUCAAAACACUCAGAGGUACAGUCGAAUAUCUUCUUUUAGGUAUCGAUACAGAAAACUCCUCAAGCAAAUGGCAUAUACUUGUCGAUAAUAACUUUCAUGGCGCCGCCGGCUCCACCGCGUGGUCUAAUUUCAGUGAUCAAGCUUUCACCGCACCUAUCUUUGAUCUUGAUCGACUUCUGAAUAUUUCAAGAGCAACUUUCCACGAAGCUGGAGAUCACCUGUGGCUUCUUCAAACUGAUCCAGUUUACUUGCAAUAUCAUGCUAGAUUGGCUAGGCAAGUAUGGUCCUCUAAAGGCACUGGCGAUAGAUUUUUUCACAAGUCUGCUUGGGUGCUUCGUUACAAAGCAUUUACCACCGUCCAGAGAUGGUCAUGGGUAGUCGAUGAGUUUGAACAUGCUCAGGCUCAACGCCACAAGUUCUGGGAUAAUAUCAAUUGUGAGUUGUUAUUAAUCAACCUUCUACUUCAACGAGUCAAAAAGCUCCGCAAUUGUCUUCCAAGUUUCAAGGGAUUUUCUCAAGAUUACAAAAUUUCUGAUACAGGCGACACUGUCACUGCUCAAUUGAAUGCUGGCAAAUAUUCCACAGGCAAAGCAAUAUUCUACCAUGAUCCCCUCAAUUGGUGCUUAAUUCAGAUGACGGCAGAUACAGAGGAUCCAAAUAAUCAUGACGCUUCAAUGCUACUUGGAUUCUUGACAGAUUGGCUAAACAAGGACACUACAAUGGCAGAUGACAAACAGCGGAUUGAUCCUCAGAUCCUUGAAGUCUUAUCCGAAUAAGCAACUCACUACGA